AAGCAUGGACUCGCCCCGGCUUCAUCACCAAUCGAGGAUUGCUUUCGGGUUCCUUUUGCCUUGUCUUCCCUUGCUGCGGAAGAAGAAUCCGCAGCCAUGGCGUUGCACGCUGCAGCUGGCCUGCACUUAUCGCCCCCCAACCUCCGUAAUCGCUACCAGGGUUUCGUCAGUGCUGAUUAUGUAAGCCAAGCGCGCCUCAGUGGUGGCGUCACUGGAGCGGCUUGCUACAGCCGUGCCCCGUUAAAGAAAUCUGCGGCCAAUUCAUAUCAGGGAGCUGGUCCGAAGACGUCCGUCUUUCUGCCAAGGGUGAGGUAUGCAGGCUCGCAAUUGUCGAUCUCAAAUGCGGGGUUCAGGAGGAAUGUUGAGCAGGGAGUGAAGCAAUUGGGGAGAAAUGUGGUGGUUAAGCCCGCGAGGGCGUCCAGCGCGAGCGCGGCCGUGGCUACAGAUGAGGGGGUGCCAGAGAAGAAGGCGUGGGAGGGGGUGAAACCCUUGCCGUUCGUUUUGUCUGUGGGAGUGGGUCUUGCAUUGCGGUUUCUGGUGAAGAAGCCCGAGGCCGUAUCAAUGCAAGCGUGGCAGCUGCUCGCGAUUUUCGCUUCGACAAUCACGGGGUUGGUGUUGUCGCCUCUUCCUGUGGGAGCGUGGGCGUUUCUGGGAUUGACUGUGGCAGUUGUCACAAAGACCCUGACAUUUGCUGCUGCAUUCGGAGCUUUCACAAACGAUGUGAUCUGGCUGAUUGUGAUCUCUUUCUUCUUCGCGCGAGGGUUCGUGAAGACAGGGCUUGGUGACCGCGUUGCCACCUACUUUGUGAAGUGGCUGGGGAAGAGCACUCUGGGUCUUUCGUAUGGUCUAGCAUUGAGUGAGACUCUGUUGGCGCCUGCUAUGCCCAGCACCACGGCCCGAGCUGGAGGCGUGUUUUUGCCAAUUAUCGGUUCCUUGUCGCUGUCCUCAGGCAGCAAGCCCAAGGACAAGUCCGCCAGCAAGUUGGGGUCGUACCUUGUGAUGACCCAAUUUCAGGCUGCUGGAAACUCGAGUGCUCUGUUUCUGACCGCUGCUGCUCAGAACCUGCUCUGCUUGAAACUGGCGCAAGAGCUUGGAGUGAUCAUUGCAAAUCCAUGGGUAUCAUGGUUCAAAGCGGCGUUUGUGCCAGCGUUUACUGCUCUUCUCACUACCCCACUCAUCCUCUACAAGCUCUUUCCCCCAGAAGUCAAAGACACCCCAGAGGCUCCUGCAGCGGCCGCCAAGAAACUAGAGGCGUUGGGCCCUGUUACUCAGAACGAAUGGUCCAUGGUGGGAACAAUGCUCUUGGCUGUCACUCUUUGGGUCUUUGGGGAAACCCUCGGUAUUGCGAGUGUGGUUGCCGCAAUGCUGGGACUCUGCAUCCUUCUUUGCGUGGGAGUUUUGAACUGGAACGAUUGCCUCCAGGAGAAAUCUGCAUGGGACACAUUGACGUGGUUUGCGAUUCUCGUCGGCAUGGCCGGAAACUUGUCCAACCUUGGUCUUGUCAAGUGGAUGUCUGACGGUGUUGCAAAGACUUUGGCCUCUUAUUCUUUGAGUUGGCCUGCAGCUUUUGGCGUCCUCCAAGCUACAUACUUCAUCUCUCACUAUCUGUUUGCUAGCCAAACUGGACAUGUGGGCGCCCUCUACUCAGCUUUCCUUGCGAUGCAUAUCGCCUCUGGAGUUCCCACCGGUUUGGCAGCUCUAGCACUUGCUUUCAAUACAAAUCUUUUUGGAGGGCUCACGCAUUACAGCAGUGGCCAGGCUGCUGUAUACUUCGGCUCUGGUUAUUUGGAGCUGAAGGAUGUUUUCAAGUAUGGAGCAGUUAUGGCCGUAUGGAAUAUCUUGGUGUGGACUGUGGUCGGAGGUUUCUGGUGGAAGGUAAUCGGCUUGUACUGAUAAUUACACGCAAUACCAUUCCUUUAAAACAAUUGACCUGUUAAUGACCAUCAAAUCUUGUGGCAGUGAGAACCAGUUUUGACUAAUAGCCUGCCCUAGUGACAGAUCUUAGUGUCAUCUAGCACCAAGGAGAAUGAGUUAGUUGAGAAAUGGGUUAGUUUUCUUAGGAUUUUGUUCUUUUCGUUGGUGUAAGCUUUGAUUGAGGAACGGUCUAUUUCAGACGGGAUUAUAGGUGUGGCAAUUAUAAGAGUGGACUCAAUUCUACGUCAACUAAUUGAGGUGAUUCACAGCACUAGAAAUUCAAUAUUAUAAGAAUUUUGUGCACAUUUUGACCAGACUA